AAGAAAACAAGUUCAAAUUGGAGAAAGCCAAAAUGAAGAUCACAAUAUAUGGAUUUUUAAUAUUUCUGAGUAUAUUUUCUUUAAGUUUUGCAGACGGUGACGACGAAAACGCCGACUACGUCAUAACCAAUCGAACAUUUCCCGAAGGUUUCAUUUUUGGAGUUGCCACAGCUGCGUUCCAGAUCGAAGGAGGCUGGAACGAAGAUGGCAAAGGGGAGCAAAUCUAGGACACCUGGAUCCACAACAAUCCGGAAAAGGUAAACGACAGAUCCAACGGCGACGUAGCCUCGGACUCCUACCACAAAUACAAAGAAGACGUGGCUUGCAUGAAGGAAGUCGGAGUAGACUUCUACCGAUUGUCAAUCGCCUGGUCUAGGAUCCUACCAAAUGGUCGUCUAGAUAAAAUUAACCUACCAGGAGUCAACUACUACACAAACUUAUUCAAGGAGUUGCAAGCGAAUAAUAUCAAGGCGAUGGUAACUCUGUACCACUGGGAUGUACCAACGGCUCUUCAAGACAUAGGCGGUUGGACUAACUCGUCGAUAGUUGAUCUGUUUGCUGAUUACGCUCGUCUUUGCUAUGAGCUUUUUGGGGAAUAUGUAGACACUUGGAUAACUAUCAAUGAACCGAAGCAGAUUUGUCAUGCUGGGUACGGUACGGGUGGGUUUGCCCCAGGGAUUGUCUCGCCAGGAGUCGGUGAAUAUACUUGUGCCAGGAACGUUUUACUUGCCCACGCCAAAGCUUGGCACAUCUAUAAUGACGAGUUUAGGUCAAAAUAUAACGGUAGGGCUACGAUUGUAAUCGAUUCUGAUUGGUAUGAGCCUACUACAGAUAGUGAGGAAGACAAGACGGCUGCGGAGACGAAGAUUCAGUUCAUUUUUGGCAUGUACGCCAAUCCCGUCUACAAGAAGAACUGGCCCCAAAUCAUGAUCGACCGCGUAGCAGCUCGCAGCGAAAAAGAAGGUUUGACAUCAUCCCGUCUUCCCGCCUUCACCGAUAAAGAAGUAGACUACGUCAGUGGCACCUACGACUUCUUGGCCAUCAACCACUACACUUCGUACAUGGUGAGCGGGGCCGGUGAACCGGCUAUAGGAGAGCCCAGCUGGGAAAAAGACGCAGGUGGUUACGUUUAUCAGAAGGACAGUUGGGAGCAAGCCGCGGCUGGUUGGUUUAGGAUUGUUCCUUGGGGUAUCGGAAAACUCAUGAGGUGGUUGAAGAGUACUUACGGUGAUUUGGAAAUUGUUGUUACUGAAAAUGGUGUGUCUGAUAGGACUGGGACGCUUGAAGAUGAUCAUAGAAUCAGUUAUUAUAAGUCAUACAUGAGUCAUUUACUGGAUGCCAUGUACGAUGGUCAAGUCAAUGUGACUGGUUACACAGCUUGGAGUAUCAUUGACAACUUUGAGUGGACCCAAGGCUUUAAUGCAAAAUUGGGCAUAUAUUAUGUAAAUAUGAGCGAUCCAGAAAGACCGAGGGUACCUAAGAAGUCUUCGAAAUAUUAUGCUAAUGUGAUAAAGACGCGGUGCUUACUGGACGAAUGCUAAAAAGUAGAAAUGUACCUAUAUAAAAAUUUCAUACUAAAAAUAAAUAAAGUGAAAUGUAA